CAGCGGUGGCUAGAAGGCUUGAUGGCUUUGGACGUGGACCGGAUGGUUCUCUACAAAAUGAAGAAAUCUGUGAAGGCAAUCAACGUGUCCGGUCUGGCGCACGUGGAAAAUGAGGAGCAGUACACCCAGGCCCUGGAGAAGUUCGGUGGCAACUGUGUAUGCAGAGAUGACCCAGACUUAGGAAGUGCGUUUCUGAAGUUCUCUGUGUUCACCAAGGAGUUGACAGCACUCUUCAAAAACCUGAUUCAGAAUAUGAACAACAUCAUCUCCUUCCCUUUGGACAGUCUGCUGAAAGGAGACUUGAAAGGAGUUAAAGGGGAUCUGAAAAAGCCCUUUGAUAAAGCUUGGAAGGACUAUGAAACCAAAAUAACCAAAAUAGAAAAGGAGAAGAAGGAGCACGCCAAGCUGCAUGGAAUGAUCCGUACUGAGAUAAGCGGGGCUGAGAUUGCAGAGGAAAUGGAGAAGGAGAGACGAUUCUUCCAGCUGCAGAUGUGUGAGUAUCUGCUGAAGGUCAAUGAAAUCAAGGUUAAAAAGGGAGUGGAUUUGCUUCAGAAUCUGAUCAAGUACUUCCACGCCCAGUGCAAUUUUUUCCAGGAUGGACUGAAAGCGGUAGAAAGCCUCAAGCCUUCCAUUGAAACACUCUCCACAGAUCUCCACACAAUCAAACAGGCCCAGGAUGAGGAGCGGCGGCAGCUGAUACAGCUUCGGGAUAUUUUGAAAUCAGCAUUGCAGGUUGAACAGAAAGAGGACUCACAACUUCGCCAAAGUACAGCGUACAGCUUACAUCAGCCUCAGGGAAACAAGGAACACGGGACGGAACGGAAUGGGAACCUGUACAAGAAGAGCGACGGGAUCAGAAAGGUGUGGCAGAAGAGGAAGUGUUCAGUUAAAAAUGGCUUCCUGACCAUAUCCCACGGCACCGUGAGUAUCUCCUUUAGUCCCCAGUCUCUGCUGUGGUGGUUGCUGAAGUAAGUCUGUUCUGUGCGA